AGAAUUCCGAUUCAUUCAAACUUUUGAGAGAAGCUCGAGAAAAGCAAUCAGUGAAGUAUUCGUCUUUGAAGGAUUCGGUAUAUAGUGUAAUUUCCUGGGAACCAUGGCACCUCUAUCGAUCGACCCUUCCUUUCACCCCGUCCUCAUCACCUUUUCACAAACUGUAUGGCCACCUCUCCGAUCCUGUCCGGAUCUUCACCAUUUCCGGCGAGUUUUCUGGGCACAAAAUCCCAUUGAGUGAGGAUUUACUCGAUGCUCGAAUGGUCAUGGAGGCGAAGCUAGGUAAUUUGCCAAAGAAGGCUGAUAGUCAGGAUGUUUAUGAUGCUCAAUUCAACGACCGUGAUGUUUGUAAUGGUAUCGUGACAUGCGCAGCACUCUCCCUUGAUGGUCGCCAUGUAGCUCUUGGUUUUGGUAGCGGUGUCGUCGAGCUUGUCGAUAUCGACCAUCAGUGUACGAUUUCCCGAUUCGAGCUCGAUCCACCCAACCAUCCAGUCUGGAUCGAAUUUGUCCAUGGCAGCCACCGAGUUGCUGCUGAGGACAAUGAGGGGAACGUCACCAUCCUUAGCCACGAUAUGACUUCCAUUAAUAUCGGUACUCUUCCCAACAAUCCUCUUCCUGCUGUAACUCGAGUAUCAGAUAAUGGAUUAUUUAUCAUACGGGUUCCACGGAACGCUGAUAGUUCUUGGUACGACAGCAUGACCCUCAUAUCCAUUUCGGGUGACCCGCACAUGCAGCACCUUGCACCCCCUACUUCCAAUAGUUUCACUCCAACUUCCAACCCUCCUAUCUUAGCUUCCAAGUCUUCUACUAGGUCCUCUGCAUUCCCAGUGAUCGCUAUUCCUCACCGUCGCACGCUUGGGUUUUCUCCGGCCGCACGCUAUAUCGGCGCUUUCGAUGGCCUCAGCGCUUUCACCUGGUCGACAGGUUCAGGUGAGCUCAUUGCGAGUUAUCGUGUGACGGAUUUCGAUUUUUGGAUCAUGAAUCCUGCUGUUCCCCUUGCCUGCUCUUAUCACAUCCCUGAUCCUGUAUCCACUCAGCCUACCCUUUCCUUGACAGAAGGUGAAGCAGCAGAUAUACACCAUUCCAAAACGCGCACAGGGCAUAACUUGGACGAAUCCUGGAUCAAGUGCCCAUUUUAUGUUCUCUUGCAAAAGGAGAAAAAGCGGGGGAUCCGGAAGCAGCCAUUUUAUUCGUCCGCUGCUGGAAGAGCUCCACUGCUCGGAGCCAGUAGAACACCCGGCGAGCUAUCAAUGUUCUUCAAUGGCAAAUUUGAGCUCGUUAUUCCCGAGCAGUACCACCCAACCAUCCUUUCUGGUGCCGAACGUCCACCUUGGUAUGGUGAUAAAGUGCCGUCUGAUCCUACCCAUCUGUACAGCCCUCGGUCCAGCAGAGAUGGGACUCGAUUCCUCCUCCAAGGCCGGCAGACAGCUCCAAUUGUUGUUGAUCUUAGCCAAGUCGUUUAGGAUGUUCGUGGUCAGUUGCAAUAUCUUCCUAUUUACCUUUGCGCGUUCUAUCCACUGUUAGAGGGGAAUCGCAAAGUUUCACUAGGUCGCCCUUCCAUCUUUCUGGACUUCCCUCGGACGAGGUCCCCUUUCCCUAGGGUGCAGUAGGUAUAGAUAAAGUUUGAGGACUUCAACAGACCUAUGACCAUUCCUUACACUGUCGUUUAGUCUCAGGUCGAGCAAAAUGAGCCAGAGACUUUUUCGAUUUUACUCUUUUCAUGGCACCUUGAUACGCUUUCACUCUUGACCGAAGCAAAUACCCCGUUACCACUCCUUCGAACUUGCUAAAUGAUCGAUAUUUCCUUUCCCAGUUCAAUCAUUUCACCCGACGUUCAUCCUCAGCUGCAUAUAAGUAAUGUAACAAAAAGAUUGACGUAGUAGAAGUGCUAGAUGUAUGUG